AUUGCCUUCGGGCCUGCGCUCGCCCUCUACGUCUUCACCAUCGCCACGGAUCCGUUGCGCAUCAUCUUCCUCAUCGCCGGAGCUUUCUUCUGGUUGGGGUCUCUGCUGCUUUCAUCCUUCAUUUGGUUCAUGGCAAGAGCCAUUACUCACAACAAAGAUGGGCCGGUACAGAAAUAUCUGCUGAUCUUUGGGGUGUUGCUCUCAGUCUUUAUCCAAGAAAUGUUCCGGUUUGCAUAUUACAGACUUCUAAAAAAAGCCAGUGAGGGUCUGAAGAGUAUAAACCCGGAUGAGACAGCGCCCUCUAUGCGAUUGCUGGCUUAUGUGUCUGGCUUGGGCUUUGGAAUCAUGAGUGGAGUAUUUUCCUUUGUGAAUACCUUAUCUGACUCCUUGGGGCCAGGCACUGUGGGCAUUCACGGAGAUUCUCCUCAGUUCUUCCUUAAUUCAGCUUUCAUGACGCUGGCUGUCAUACUGCUGCACGUGUUCUGGGGCGUCGUGUUUUUUGAUGGCUGUGAGAAGGAGAAGUGGUACGUUCUCCUUAUCGUCCUCCUUUCCCACCUGCUGGUGUCAGCCCAGACCUUCGUAAGUCCUCAUUAUGGACUGAAUCUGGCGUCAGCGUAUAUAAUCAUGGUGCUCAUGGGCGUCUGGGCGUUUUUUGUUGCUGGAGGCAGCUGCCGAAGCCUGAGGCUCUGCCUGCUCUGCCAGGACAAGGACUUCCUUCUUUUCAACCAGCGCUCCAGAUAACCGCGAGGAACCAGCACCUCUCGAACAGCAGGCUACAUCUUUAAAGCAAGCACACUGUGCCUUUUUCUAAAACUUCCUUUUUCUGGCGGAAUUUGGAAAAAACGAAACUAUCUAGAUAUGAGCCCUCCUCACAAGGCUGCCAGGCCGCAGCUCUCCAAAAGGGACACAGCAGCGGCAUGUGGCCCUCUGCGUGCAGGAGCCUCCUGGGAGGCCCCGCAGCGCCCUGGGCUCUGCCCUGCAGAUUCGAUGAGCCUGGCAUCAGGCAAGUCUGGAAAGCUUCCCCGGUGCUUCCGACUGCAGCCACACUGGGAAACGCGGGUGUUCAAAUGGGGACUUCUGAGGACACCUGUCCCAGCCUGCACUGAGCAAGUAAAUCCCUGAACGUGGAGUUCGGUCAGCCUUGGUGUUUUACACUCUGAAGUCACAAAAGGGGAAAGGGCUCUCACCUCUGUGAACCGUUUUCCUGUCCUUGGCACAUGUCCCUCUGAGAGCAUGCUAGGCUGUGCUUCUAAACGCAGUGAUAGAUACAGCGGCUUACUGUGAUCACGGCCAGAGUGAGGUGCUGUUAGUCAGCUGUAUUUUCCUGAAGUUUUUCCAUCCUAGGUCUUGCUUUUUGAGGCAUUACAUAGUUUUUUUUGGUUUCUUUAAAACUUUUUUCUGACUUCCUUGGGAGAAACAUGUUUUAAAGUGAAGCAUUUUUGUGCAGUGUUGGUUUAAAGCUCUCCAUGGCUCUGCCUCGAAGCCAUCAGCUGCAGCAGUUGUGCCUGAGUCCUGGUUGCUGGACUGGUGGAGGCUCACCCCCUUGCUUUGUGUCUGAGCAGUUUUCGGGGAGUGGGACCAUGUGCCCUAGGAAGGGCUUUGGUGGAGCUGGUGGCAGUGUAACUGAAAGCUCGAGGAAAACAGGCCAGGAGGGUGCUGUUGACACUUUUCAUUUGAUCCCUGUCAUGUGAAACGGCACUUUCACCCAAGAGGUACAGUGCAAAACUGGAUAUAUGUUGGGUUUUUGGUGGUCGUGGUGGUGGUUUUUUAGAGAUUUUUUUGCUAUAGGGCACAUGCGCUCACGGGAGAGACAAGACAGAGAGAUGGAAAGUGAGAAAUAACCAUGCUGCAAUCCCUUCUCCAUUCUCCUCUUGGGUUUUGGGCACACACUCGGUGUGAGUGUUAAGCCGGCAGGUCUGGCACUCGAACCACACUCGACUACAUGGGAACCCAGCAUCAUAACCAUUAUGCUGUCUGCUGGUCCAAAAUAUAUGUUUUAAACUAUGAAAUCUCUUGCUAUUACGUAGUCCCUAAUCUGGAGAUGUAGUAAAUAUUUCUGGGUUUUGGUAGCAGAGACAGCAUUCCUGUUACAGGAAUACAUAAGGUGUUUGUUCUGCUUCUGAUUGUGCCUUUACUAAGUAGAGGUUGUUCCCAGGUAAGUCUCUGGGGAAGCCGAUGGUGUGAAGGAGCAAUUACCUCUACAUUGAAGGGAUUCCUCAGUGAGCCCAUUGUGUACAUUCGACAUCCAAAAGCGCCAUGAGCAGCAAUGAAGGGGCCCCGCGGCCACGUGACAGAGGGAUGAAUGUGACAGGACUGUUGGGAGGAAGGACAAUGACUGGCCAGUGUCUGGGGCUAGCCACACAUCCCUGUGGGGACCAGAACCUUACACAUGAACCGGACUUUCAUCAGGGUCAAUGAAGCACACCCUGCUGCUUAAAAAUAUUAGAAUCUCUUGACCUAGAGAUUCAAGAGGAGUUGGGCCUCUAGCAAGGUUGUGAAGAGUCUGAUAAGCAAUUCUUGUUCUGCUGAAGUUCACUUCUGCACUCAUUAUCAGUGUUUCUGCUGUAGUUUGAAACUUUCUAGCUUUCUAUAAGAUUUUCCUUGGAUUAGAAGAGUCAAGGACAGAGUCUCAACAGUGAGAUUUUCCCUGCAGAGUCAAGGGAAUUUAAGCUACCAUCAAACGGGGAUAUAUUCUUACCAGAACAUGGUGUUCUUUGCUGAAUAGAAUAAGAAGUAAACAUAUAGCUGGUUAUUACUGUUGACUUGCACAUCCUUUAAAUGGAUAUUCUCAUAAAAUAUUAACUGAUUUUUAAAGUGUAGAAACUCUGAGAAUAUUAUUACUCAUUCUUGAGCUCUGAGGAUGUUCUCAGUACACUGAAGCUUAAUAUUAAGUAAAGAAGCUGGGAUAUUAUAAAAUCUCAUUUAUGAAAAUUCAGAUGAGAAGAAAACUUUCUUUGAUGAUGAAAUGGUUAUCUUGUUUCAGGAAAUUAUUUAACAAGCCUAGGUUACCUAUAAGUAAAGGAACUUUGUAACCCUGAUUCCUCUUAGAAAGCGAUUAUUGCCGUAGCAAAUAUGAAUUGAAUCACAUAGUGAACGUGAUAAUUGCCAUAGGCAGGCAUGGUUGUUUCAAGCAGCCUUGCUUUGCCUCAUGCCUCGGGAGCCUAGAGGAAGGAGGGUGUAACCCUUCCCUGUUGGCUAUAUUUACAUCAAAAUACUCUUUUUCUUUUUUCUUUUGCACUUAUUAUCUCUAAUGAGCUUUCUGAGUCCUGAUAACACCCGGAAAGGAGGAGGUGGUGUUGAUGUUAUGUGCUGUCCUUCACAGGAGUUUCUCAGUUUGGAGGGAAGUGUAGACAUACUUAAAGUUGACCUUGGACUUGUGAACUUUGCAGUGUUUGGAUAUGUUGCCAUGUAAAUAAUAGGGAUUGAUCUCACUGCUUCCUCAUAUAAGCUGUACUAUUUAUUUUUCAUCAUUUUAAUUAGUAAUGGUAACUGGAGACGUUUUGUUACCUCUGUCCCGGCUGCUUGACUGGCAGUAGAGUAUCGGCAGCCUUUUUAGAGUCUUAAUGCAGAUUCCUGAGAAGAAUUAAUGACGCUAUCUGCAGACUGCCUAGGAAAUGGCUUUUGUCCCUAGCAUUAAUGUCUUUAUUCCCAAGCACACAUUUCAGUGUUUGCUGAGAGUGACAGGCUCAUCCCAGAAAUGCUAGGCCUUCUCACCUGUAGGGUGGAUGCACUUCUGGCAGGAGCUUCCUGGUAUUACCUGGCACGUUUCCCAUCCAUGUCAACCCAGCCACCAAACAGGCAGUAGCCGUCCUGUGGGCCCCAGGGUGACACGGAGGCCACAAUGGCAGCCUGUCAUGGGUAUCAGUAGCCUGACUUCUGGAGGGAGUCUCUUGUGGGUGUCGUGUCUUGGUAGCUAAGUUUUUUCUGGGCCGUACCAUUUCUAACUUUAGGUGGAUGAAGUAGACAUCCCACAAAACAAUGUUAAAGUGCUUUGCUUACAGCAUUUUAUUUAUGAUUGCAGUGUUUACAUUUAAUAAACUUUACUUCAUUCUAUUGAACUUUUGUAUUUAGAAGAGGUAGAUACUGUCUGUAUGUAAAAUAUUUAACAUUUUUUAUGCUGUACUGAUAUGUCAUCUGUAGCUGCAAUGUCAGAUUUGCAUUCAGUAUACAAUGCGAUAGGCUUUCCCAAUCUGAGUGUUUCAGUGAACAAUAAAGAGAUGGUUUGGCACUUUU